AUGGCGGCAGCAGCGGUCGUGGAGCGAAAUGUCUACGAGAAGGCGUCGAUGAGCAUAGCGGUCAGCGGCGAGACCGACGCGGAGGCGGAUACGUUCCUGAAGGACAAGCUGUGCGAGCAGGGACUCAAGGUCAUCGAGGUGUACGCGGAGUGGGGCGGGCGGUGCGAACCCCUCGUGCCCGUGCUGAAGCGAAUCCAAAAAGAGGCCGAGUACGCGCAGAACUGCGCGGUGGUCCUCCACUGCAAGGCGGAGUCUCACGAUUUACUCGCGGAGUACCGGGGCAAGUCGAUGCCACACUUUCUGUUCUACCGGAACGGCACGCAGGUGGCGUCGGUCGCGGGCGCGAACAUGCCCGAGAUCGAAGCGUUGCUCAGGGAACACGCGCCGACGUCCGCCGACGCCGACGUCUUGGAGGAGAACCCGAUGUGGAUCCAGCGCCAGGAGGAGAAGGCGGCGGCGGAGGCGGCGGCGCAGGCUGCGCUCAUGGGGGAGAACGAGUGA